AGUCUAAUCUAAACAGCUUCAGAAGCAGACAUCCGAGGUAGCUUCACUCCCACUUCUCAAAGUGAAACCUUUUCCAACUCUUCUGAAGCCUAACGUCGCUUUCAUUCUUCUCUCUCUCUCUCGCCAUGGCACAAGCUGUUCGAAAACUAUACAACUUGGGCUCCUCCUCCUCUCCAAUAUCUCACCUCAUUUACAACAAGCAUAAGGCGAAUAGUCAUGGCCUAUAUGCGUUAUCUCCAUGGGGAAAAAGUAUUCGUUGUCAUUUCUCAGUGGGAAAUUGCCAAGACGGCUCUAGUGCUUCCUCUUAUACGUCUGAUGAUGGUGCUGGACUAAGCCACCAAGAAUUCCAGAGAUGGCAAAAUGGAGGUGGCGCAUUCCACAAGUCAGCUUGCAUUGAUCCGACAGCACUCAUAGAGACUGGUGCUAUAGUUCAUCCAAAAUCCGUUGUAGGUGCAUAUGUUCAUAUCGGAUCGGGAACUGUAAUCGGACCUUCUGUUACAAUUGGCCAAUUGACAAAAAUAGGAUACAAUGUCGCACUCAGUAAUUGCAGCAUAGGUGAUUCAUGUGUAAUCCACAAUGGAGUUUGCAUUGGUCAAGAUGGAUUUGGUUUUCUUGUGGAUGAAAAAGGGAACAUCUUGAAGAAGCCUCAAUUGCUGGAUGCUAGGGUGGGGAACCAUGUGGAGAUUGGUGCAAAUACAUGUAUUGACAGGGGGAGUUGGAGAGAUACAGUUAUAGGGGAUCAUUCAAAGAUAGAUAAUUUAGUUCAGAUUGGUCAUAAUGUAGUUGUUGGGAAAAGUUGCAUGCUUUGUGGACAAGUUGGGAUUGCGGGUUCAGUGACUAUAGGAGACUAUGUUACUUUUGGGGGAAGGGUAGCAGUUCGGGAUCACGUUUCCAUUGUUUCAAAGGUCAGGCUUGCUGCUAUUAGCUGUGUCACCAAAGAUAUCAAAGAACCUGGGGAUUAUGGCGGCUUCCCUGCUGUUCCAAUUAGCGAGUGGCGAAGACAAGUUGCUUCACAAUCUCGGACAUCAAAGAAAAGGGUUGAUUAAGAGUUGUGAGAUGAUUUAAUGGUGUGCUUGUUUGGGUUCUGUCUGAGUGCUGACUGGAGGAGUCAAAUGAUGUGCCAACUCGAGGAGAUUGCCUACCUAGAGAAGUACCGCACUUGCCGCUGUGGUGUAGUAGAAGCGUGGCAUAAUUUCUUUUUUGGUAUCGUUUUUUGAUGGGGGUUUCUACCAUGUUCCAGCCUUCAAACCUGGUGCCCAUAUCUUUGUACUCUGUAAACAUUCUAUUAUUCUCUUCUUAUUGUCCUUCGAAGGGGCUGGUGAGCCAAUUGGACCUAAUAUUUUCUUCCCUCGUUUUUUAGAUAUGUAGUAAUUCUAAAGUCUGAUUGGGGUUA